GAUGGCGGAAGAGCAAGGUGCUUCAGAGCGAGAAGGCAAACUAACUCAAAUAUCCUUAUCUAAGAUUAAAACAAUCAUGAGGAGCUCCCCAGAUUUAGCAAAUACAAGCCAGGAUUCAGUAUUCUUAAUAACAAGAGCAACGGAGUUGUUUGUGAGAUCGUUUACUCAAGCUGCUCUCAAGAAAGAAAAUGGUGCAAAACUUUUGUCAUACAAGUCUGUUGCCAAAUUAGUUGAUGAUGAAGAUAAUUUGCAGUUCUUGGCAGACAUUAUUCCUCCAAAAGUCCUAUACAAAGAUUAUCUGGCAUCUCUUAAAAAGAACAAUAACUCUGAAGCCAUAGAUAUAGACAGUUCAGACUCUGAUUCAGACUGACCUUCUCCAAAACACAUGUUUUUAAUACUUUUUUGUAAUUGCUCAAACUAUAAAUAGAUGAAAUACA